AAUAAAAGAGACUGCUCAAAUGAAAAAGAAAUGUGAAGAAACAAAACCAGUUUUUCAAAGAUUGAUCAGUUCUUACAAGUAAAGAAUCAAGAAGAUUAGCCUAACUUUUAAAGAUUUCAGGUUGUAAAGUGUGAAAUUUCGUGUUCUAGCUCGGAGAAAGUGUUCUACACCAUGAUGAACAUAGUAGCUAGUAGUCGAAACCUGAGACCUAAUGGACUAAAGACUGGGUGUGUUCCUCAGUUUCUAGUGGGGUUGGUUGUUUGCAUCUGGUUGGUGUAUCAAAUAACACAACCGCAGCAUGGUAGUGUGAGAACCAAAAUCAGUGUGGAUGAAGGUGUACAUAGUUUAGGGCGCAAACAGACUGCAGGGCAGUUGAAUGUUGGAGGAGAAAACUUAGACAUGAGUAACGGGGAAGGAGAGUCGUCGAGCAGCACAGAAGGGGAAGGGGAGAACAUUCAGGUUGAUUUGCAGGGUGGUGGCAAAAGAGGUGAAAUAGCAUACUCAGAUGAGACUAACAAAAACAACCAAGGGUCUUCUAGCAAUAAGGGCAAUUUGCAAAGUGCUAAAAGAGGUGAAAUAGCAUACUCAGAUGAGACUAACAAAAACGACGAAGAUGGCAAAAGAGUUGAAAUAGCAUACUCAGAUGAGACUAACAAAAACGACCAAGGGUCUUCUACUAGCAAAGUAUCUGAAAAUUUACUUGAAACUGUGACAUCUUACAGGGGAAGUGAUGGGAAAGAUGUUUCGCAAGAUAAAGAUGAACCGGCUAUAGAUCAAGAAGGAGAAGAAAAUAGUGCAGCGACACAGAACAUCACCAUCAGAAGCCAAUAUGAUGUGUUCAGUGACGAGAAUGGUAUUCCUAAGGAAAUGAGAGAUGGUUCCAGUUUGAAUGAUCAAAGUGAAAGCUCUUAGAGUAUGCCUCUGUGGAGAAUUGCAAUUGUUUUAUGGGAACCAAGUCUCAUUUGAUCAAAGACUUGGGAGCCUGAUUCUUGCUAAGACUUGUAUAGAUGCAGUUGAACACUCAAAUCUGAGAAGACUAGAUUUUCGAGAAGUAAUGCUUAGAUUCUCACAAAUUUUUGCACA